AUGGCGCCGCUGCUCAGCGCCCCCUCUCGGCGCUCUGUCUCGACGUGUGAGGACCUUCUCUUCGCGGACGUUUGUAAAGUUCUUGAGCGCCUGACCGACCCCUUCUCGAAGCCUGCAAACAAACUUCAUUUCUUCGCACGCUAUUUGCGUCGCUUCUCUCAUCUUCCCGCCGGGGCGUUGUAUCCGCUCCUGCGUCUCUUUCUGCCUCAACUGGAUCGGCGGCGGCCUCCUUCGCAGCUGAAGCAGCCCCUGCUUGCGCGGGUGUAUGCCCAAAUCUUCGCACUGCCGCCCGCAGCGGCGGCUCGCCUAAGGCUCUACAAAGACCCGGCGGCCGCGGUCGCGGCGUCGGUGGCGACCGCAGGGACGGUCGCGGCCAAGGUCGGCGAUUUUGGAAGUUUCGUCGCGGCAACUGUCAAACAGAGAGUCGGGCGCAGGCCCGGCGUCGUUACGGUGGGACAAUUGAACAGGGAACUGGAUCUCGUAGCGCUCGCGAGCAGCACCGCGGAGAAAACUGCGAUUCUGCAGGGCCUGCUUCCGCGGCUUAUGGUGGACGAGCACAAGUGGUGCAUGCGAAUUUUGAUGAAGGAGGUGAAGUUGGGCGGACUCAGUGGAGAGAGAUUGUUGACGCUCCUGCACCCGGACGCGAGGAAAAUCAUCAACCGGUGCUCAGAUCUCAAGAGCACCUUGGACGUUAUUGAAGAAGAAAACACUGGAGACCAGGCGGAUGGCGUCAAGAAGGAGCGCCGGGUCGGAGAAGAGGAGGGACAACCCGAGCGCGGACAGAACCUUCGGCUGCUUUUCCAGCCCCUCCGGCCGAUGCUCGCGCAGCUCGUGCGUCCCGUGGCCUCUGACAUCCGCAUCGAGCUUUUCGGCGAAGAUGGAAGCUCUCCCGCAGGAGACAGAAGGAACGCAGACCAGCAGGACGACGACGGACUGCAUGCGAGCCCAAGUCGUGGAGUCGCUGCGUCGCGGUCGCCGUCGCCGUCGCCGCCGGUCGUGCCUCGUCUCUACUUCAUGGAGAGGAAGUACGACGGCGAGCGGCUGCUAGCGCAUAUUGACAAAACGCUGCUAGGAUCCUCGCGCCCUACGGUGCGCCUCUUCUCCCGUCGCGGCAAAGACUACACCGCGCGCUAUGGCGGAGAAGAGGCCGCCGACAGCCAGCCGCAUGUGCCGCCAGUCCCUUUUGCCUCUCGGCCAGCUCCCUCGCCUUCGUCCUCUUCGCUGGCCGUCGGCGAUACGCAUGUGACCCUGAAAUGCGAGCGCAGGUCUCAAGAAGAAAAAACGGAAAUCGAGUCAAAGCAGUUCACAGGCGAGACAGGCGGAGUCUCGCCGGCGUGCGAGCGAGACAGUGAAGAGACGGCGAAAAGUGGCGCUCUGCGCGGCCUAGCCAGUUUGCUCUUCGAGGCCCUGAGAGGUGCGCAGGCCAUUCUGGACGGCGAACUGCUCGCCUGGGACAACGAACUGGGCACGUUUCUUCCUUUCGGCACCAACAAAAGCGUCGCAGCCGCGGAGACGGCUCGCUGUCACCUGUCCUACGUGGUUUUCGAUGUGUUGUACUACCGGAACCACGACGGCCAAGAGUACUCACUCCUCAACAUGCAGCUCAAGGAUAGAAAAGUCUUGCUUGAGCGCAUUCUACGGCUUGCAGGAAACCGCAUCAUGCUCGCGCCCUUCUCCGCUGCCACGCGCGCGAACCAAGUCAUCGACGCCUUGAACGUCGCCAUCGAGAACCGCCACGAGGGAAUCGUCGUGAAGGACGCGCACUCCUUCUAUCACCUCCACUCGCGACGAGGAGGUUGGUACAAACUCAAACCGCACCUAGGCAGCCUUCCGGACACGUUGGACGUGAUUGUCAUUGGCGGCUUCUUCGCCCAAGGCCCGAAGCGGCGUGACUUUGCCUCAGCUCACCUGAUUGAUCAUUGUUCGCACUUCCUUUUGGGAGUCCUGGAGGGCGACGGCGGAGCCGAGGCAAAGCGCGUCAAGUCGUUCUGCAAGGUCGGCACAGGUUUUUCUUUCUCCACGUUGGCGGACAUCAGGAAUUUCCUUCGGCCUCACUGUCAACGCUUCCAGGAGGCAGAUCCCCCGGAGUGGCUGCGCGGAUGCAAGUUCAACGCAAAUACGCGAAUGGAUGUGACGUGGCCGCCGUGGCGGAGCUUCGUCAUGGAAGUACGAGGCGCGGAGCUCUUGCCUGGAGCCGAGUUUGAUGUCGGCGCCACGCUGCGCUUUCCUGUCGCUGUGCGGCCGUUUCGCCGCGACAAGGCGUGGUACGAGGCGAUGUCAGAGCACGCUUUGCACGACUUUUUCGCGCUAGCCGAAGAGCGAGGAGGUCGCCUUCUGUCUCAAGCCUUCUCGCGUUCCCGCGGAGAGGAAAGGGAGAAGGAGAAAGGAGUCGCAGAUGGUGCAGGACGCCCAAGUCUUGAGCGAGGAAGGCCGCGAGGCGACGGCGCGGGCCCCUUUUACCAGAACUCUGACGAGGGGUCUGAGGCUGAAGGCGACACCUCCGAAGAAGAGAGAGGAGUAGAGGACGAGGACGGCGAAGGCGGUGGAGCAACGAGACGAACCAGGCUGAGUGACGCGUCCUUCGGCGACAGGCACGAAGGCGGCAGGCCGGCGUUUUUCUCGGCGCAUCACAGGAGUCAGAAUUUGCUUCACCAUUAUUCUUUUUCGCUGCGGCCAGGCGAGGCUCUCCCGAGCCCUUCUGCGUCGCCGGCUCGCCGAAGUCCCGGCGCGCCUCGCCCGCAGAGUCUGUCGGCUGCCUCUUCAUUUUCUCCUCUGGCGCUCUUGGCGCCCUUCAGGUCGACCGACACUUCGCGGAUCGAGCCGUGCUCCAGCGCUCUGGGGGGGACGAAAAUGUGGAUUGUGUCGGGGGACGAAGACGCCUUCCCAAAGGCUUCUCUGGAGGCUCUCGUGGCGCACAUGGGCGGGCGAGUCUCUCAGACGCUCUCGCCCUCCGUCUCGCACAUCAUCGCCGCCGGUCCGACGUUCAGGACGAGAGCCAUCGCUGCAGCCGCCUCGCAGCUGGCAGAAGACCCAGCUGGAAAGCGCGGCUCCCCUUUCGCCAGGAAGCGGAAAAGGCCCUCUGCUGCCUCACUGGCCGCGGCCCAGGCUGCCGGAUCUCGUGAGUCGUCUUCCGCGACUUCGCCGCUCUCCUCUGCGGCCUCUGUCGCUUCCCCUGGCUCGGCCGCCUCCCCGCUGACCCGCACGUUUGCUGUGCCGCCACGUGUUCCGCCGGUCGUGCACUUCCGGUGGCUGCUGGAGUGUGCCGAAAACGACACACUCGUGCCUCUGCGACCAUCCCUCGUGAUCCACGGCACGCCAGAAACCGAACGAGAGUUCGCGCGUCAGUUUGAUGCGUUUGGCGACGCCUAUUUCGAGGCGGAGCCGCCCACGGAGCGAGGCCGGAUGCGGCUGCUGGAGCUGCUGCAGCACGCAGUCCAAGUGGCUGGAAAAAGCGACGAGACGGCCGUACAGAGCGACGCACGUGAGACAGAGCAAGCCAAGGGGCUGAGCCGCCAGCAACGCGAGGACGGGGAGGAGGCCGGCGAAGCUGCUUUGAAUCUGCCAGGCAGACGCGGGCCUCGAGGACGCGGGGUCCACGACGACAGGAGUGCAGCAGACCGCGAGCUCCGAGGCGGAAACCGGGGUCGCGAAGCCGAGCAAACAUCGUUUUUUGUCAGCGGCGUAGAUGCCAGCGACGUUGAUCAAGAGCUGAGAGAGAUUCUUCGACGAGAGGAUCAUGAACCGGGUGGCGCCGCGAAAGGCGUCACGGAAGCUAACGCAUUCCACAGCAUGCGACUCUAUGUGGAGGCUGACGACAUCGCCUGGACGUCGCCAGCGUUGCAGCCUGUCAAGCAGCUCCUCGACGGGAAAGAAAGGAGUUCCGACAAAUCCGGUGACUGCUGGAGCAUUUCUACCUGCUCACAUGCGGCCUCUCCUCGCCGUCCCAUCCCGCAUGCCUCUUCAUCCGACGCGUGCGCUUCCGCUUCCUCUUCAGACUCUGGUGCCGGCCCCCAUUCAGCCUCACUCAGUGCGGAGCUGUGUGAGAGGCUUGAGAUCCAAUACCGGGCGUCUUUGGUCGCCCUCUGCUCCGUGCGUGGUGCACGAUAUUCGAUGUAUUCAUGCGCGUGUGUCUGUCCUCCCUCUGCUAGUCUGGUGGCAAGCCCGACUUCAGCAACGCACAUUCUUCUAGCUGCACGCUCGUCGGCACAAGACGGUCACCAGGUGACGCGCCUGUUGGAGAACCAGGAUCAAGAAGGUGGAGAGGAAACUGAAUGGCGUUCGGAGGGAGUGGACGGAAAGGGCGUGGAAAGGGGAACGCACAUGCUAGGGGUAGGAACAGAAGUGGAGCCUGAAGGCGAGCGGAGACGCAAACAGCGAACGGAACGAGCCCAGCAGGGCGCUGUCCCGCGGCCUCAGUUCAUAACCGAAGAGAUGCUUGCUGCCAUGUUAAGCGAAGAUAGUCUCACUACCGGAGGCAGGGACGAUGAAACAUGA